AUGUCACAUUCUCGGCGAGAAGAAAUAACAAACCGACUUCGACAGUUCAAUGCUGGGGACCAAUAUGAAAUUGUAGAUGUCGUUGGAGAAGGUGCAUAUGGCGUUGUAUGUUCAGCCGUCCAUCGACCUACAGGACAAAUGGUAGCCAUUAAGCGCAUUUUACCUUUUGACCACGCCAUGUUUUGUUUGCGUACGUUACGCGAAAUAAAACUGUUAAAGUAUUUCAACCAUGAAAACAUUAUAUCCAUUCUUGAUAUUGUCAAACCACGGUCUAUAGACGAAUUUUCUGAAGUAUACCUGAUCCAAGAGUUGAUGGAAACCGACAUGCAUCGCGUGAUCCGAACACAAGAUCUAUCCGACGACCACUGCCAAUAUUUUACAUACCAAACGCUUCGAGCGCUCAAGGCAAUGCAUUCGGCCAACGUCCUGCAUCGCGACUUGAAGCCAAGCAACCUGCUCCUGAAUGCUAACUGUGACCUCAAAAUCUGUGAUUUGGGUCUAGCACGAUCUGCAAACUCGGCGGACGAAAACAGCGGCUUCAUGACAGAGUACGUGGCCACGCGCUGGUAUCGCGCGCCCGAAAUCAUGUUGACGUUCAAGGAAUAUACAAAGGCAAUCGAUGUGUGGUCUGUGGGCUGUAUUCUGGCUGAGAUGUUGAGUGGCAAGCCAUUAUUCCCCGGAAGAGACUAUCAUCAUCAGUUGACGCUGAUCCUGGAUGUCCUGGGAACACCUACCAUGGACGACUUUUAUGGCAUCAAAAGUCGACGGGCUCGAGAUUAUAUCCGGAGCUUGCCGUUCAAGAAACGCAUUCCCUUUGCGCGUCUUUUUCCCAAUGCUAACCCGCAAGCUGUGGAUUUGCUCGAGAAGCUGCUUACAUUCAACCCUGCAAAACGAAUCACGGUUGAAGAGGCAUUGAAGCACCCGUAUCUUGAACCAUACCAUGACCCUGAUGAUGAGCCAGAUGCACCACCAAUUCACGAAAGUUUCUUUGACUUUGACAAGUACAAGGAUCAACUUACCAAAGAGCAGCUUAAGCGUAAGUUACUUUUCUUACGAUGGAUUGGCUCAAUACUAUGA